UAUUUCCAUCUCCAUCGUCAAUAAAUAGGUAAACGGCUAAGUCUUCCUCUUGAGGGCCCUUCAUCAAAUUGCAACGUUCUCAUCAACGACCAAAAGACAAGUCUUCAAUAACCUUAGCUUCACUAGUAUCCGCAUGGAAUACUCUUUAUCUGCCUUAAAUGUCUCACUUAAUUACCUUACACUACUUGGAUAAGUACUAAUACACCCUUGUAGUGGGGCCCUUCUCCGGACACCGCGCAUAGCGGUAGCUUUAGUGCAUUGGGCUGCCCUUUAAACUCAAUUUUUCAAAAUAUUAAUUGGUACCCAGAAACUAGCUGGUUUAAUUGCAUUUACUCUUACAUGACAAUAUUGAAGUCCCUUCUGUACUAUUGAACAAAGCCUCUUCUUUCAUAAUAGUAUUGGGAGAAUAAAAGAAAAGAAGCAAAGUAGUAGUAGGCAAAUGUCUAAGGGAGCCAUUCUGCUUAAAUAUUCUACAUUAGUCCUUAUAAUCGUCUUUCUGCAUAUUCCUCAUACAUGCAAUGCUAGGAAGAGCAAACACUACUGCUGUCCCCCUUCUACUUGUGGCCAUAUCCGUAACAUAAGCUUCCCUUUUCGCUUGAACACCGAUCCCAAACAUUGUGGAGAUGAUCCAACAAUAUUUGAAUUAGCUUGUGAAGGCAACCAAACGGUUAUAUGGUUAUCUUCCAUACAGUCAUCAACUAUGAUAACCAGACACUUCGACUGGUAGAUCAAACUUUGCAAACACAAGAUGUAUGCUCUUUGAGACCUCGGCUUACCUUCUACGGACAUGCUGGAACUUUUGGCUAUUCUUUUUAUUAUCAUCUAUAUCCUAAAAGAACAGCAGAGCCUAUUUUCAUAUUCAACUGUCCUCUUGCUGUUAAUAAUUCCUCGAGAUUUCUGGAAAUUGGUGGCUGCAAAUCAAGCAGAUACACUUAUUUAAAGAUGGGAGAAAUGAAUGCCUCCGAAGUGAGUGAUGGAUGCGGAGCAGAAUUUAUAGGCCUGACCUCUUGGCCUAAUAUUAAAGAUCAUGUCCACGACAACAUUUCCCUUUCUGAUUUUCAUCAAGCAAUCCUCUAUGGCUUUGAGUUGUAUUAUUGGAAUCUGCGUUUUGGUGGAAGGAUUAGUGUUAUUGAAUUGAUUAGAUACGUGAUUAGAGUGAUAAACGAUGAGGUGCUACCUUCGGUUUUUGCGAGAUAUUUGGAAGCAAAAUUUGUGAUCGGCCUUCCUUUCAUAAUUGCAUUUCUGGUGAUCAAAUUCAGAAGGAGGCAUUUGUCGAUGUAUGAUACUAUUGAAGGCUUUUUGCAAACACAAAACAAUUUCAUGCCAAUCAGAUAUAAUUACUACAACAUAAAGAGAAUGACCAGAGGGUUCAAAGAAAAAUUAGGUGAGGGAGGCUACGGCAGUGUAUACAAAGGAAAGCUUCGAAGUGGUAGAAAUGUAGCAGUGAAGAUGUUGAGUAAGCCUAAAGCUGGUGGUCAGGAUUUCAUGAAUGAAGUAGCUACCAUUGGAAGAAUUCAUCAUGUCAAUGUGGUCGGGCUCGUGGGGUAUUGUGUUGAGAGAACAAAGCGUGCUCUUGUGUAUGACUUCAUGCCCAAUGGAUCACUCGACAAGUACAUCAGCACCAGUCAAGAACAAAGUCCAGUGUUGAGUUGGCAGAGGAAGUAUGACGUUGUUCUUGGAGUGGCUCGAGGAAUUGAGUAUUUGCAUCGAGGAUGUGACGUACGAAUUUUGCACUUUGACAUCAAGCCACACAACAUUCUUCUGGAUGAGAAUUUCAUUCCAAAGAUUUCUGACUUUGGGCUUGCAAAAUUAUAUCCAACAGAUAAUAGCAUAGUGACUCUCACAGCUGCUCGUGGAACGAUUGGAUGUGUUGCUCCAGAGUUGAUCAGCAGAAGCAUUGGAGCUAUCUCUUAUAAAGCUGAUGUUUACAGUUUCGGAAUGCUGCUAAUGGAAAUGCUGGACUUGAAGGGAAAUGUAGUUGAAACUGAAGAAAAAUCUAGCCAAUACUUUCCAUGUUGGGUUUAUGAUAAGUUCAACAAAGGCAAGGAGAUAGUGGUGGAUGAAGAAGCAAAUGAUGAUGAGAAGGAGAUGGCUAGAAAGACUUUAGUUGCAUUAUGGUGCAUACAAACAAAUCCAGUACAACGCCCUUCGAUGAGUAAGGUAGUAGAAAUGCUUGAAGGCGAAGUUCAAGUGCUAGAGGUACCUCCUCAGCCUAUUCAAUCUCAACCGAUUGGUCCAUUGUUUCAUCAGAUCAUGGAAAGUUCUAUGACGUUUUCGUCUGAUUCAAUUGCUUUGUUAGAAAAUUCUGCUAAUAAUCCCGUUGAAUUAGACAUAUGUUCUGAUUGAUUCACUGUUUAUUUAAAAUGACAAAUAUUUAUGAGGUCUGUUGUAAACCAAGGCCCGUUGCCUACCGCAUGAUCUCUGCAGUGUGAUUAUUUAAUA